AUGCUGGGAUACGUCGAGAAUGGCGAGCCCGAGCAAGCUCUUGGACUGUUCUCUCGAUUGGAGCGUCAAGGUGGCGGUGUUCUUCCGGACGCUCGGACUCUAGUCGCCGGCUUGAUGGCUUGCUCGAGCUUGGCCAAGCGAGCUGGCGACGACACACUCGAGAAGAUCUUGGAAAAGGGGGUGGAGCUCCACUGGAGAGCCAAGCAGCUUGGUUACGAGUCACAGCUCUUCGUCGCCAACACUCUGAUCGACAUGUACUCGAAGUGUGGGAGCCUGGAGAAGGCAAAGCUGGUCUUCGAUUCCAUGCCUGCUCGAGACGUCGUCUCCUGGAACACGCUACUGCUGGGAUUCUCCGAGAGUGGCGACGAUCAAAAGAUGGUGCUCGAGCACUUCCAGCAAAUGCAAGCCGAGAGGUUCGCUCCAAACUCUCGGACCUUCGUUGCCGUGAUCGGUGCCUGCUCGGCUCUGGCAGCAGCGCAGUCGAAGAAGAAAGCUAGAGCUAGGGACGAAGAAGAAGCUUGGCUGGACAAGGGAGUGGCAAUCCAUGGCCAAGCAGUGAUCGCUGGCUGCGACACAGACCUCUUCGUUGCGAGCUCCCUGGUGGACAUGUACGCCAAGUGUGGCUCCAUGGAGCUCGCUCGCAAAGUCUUCGACUCCAUGCCUCGCCACGACACAGUCUCGUGGAACACACUCAUCCUGGGAUACGGUGACAACGGCGAGAGCCACUCCGCUCUAGAAUCCUUCGCUCGAAUGCGGCGAGAAGGUACUUCCACUCCAGACAGUCUAACUUUCGUCUCGGCUCUCAAUGCUUGCAGCAAGCUCUCGGCUAUGGAGAUGGGCAGAACGAUCCACGCCGACGUCCACCGCUAUGGCCAGGAAGCCGAAGUUCUCAUCACGAACGCCCUGGUGGAUUUCUACGGGAGCUGUGGAUGCACCGCGCACGCCGCUAGAGUCUUCUACUCGGCUUUCACCACCGACUUGGUCACUUUCAGCUCGAUCAUCGCGUGUUACAGCCGGGGUGGGGACUGCCACCGAGUGUUUUCCAGCUUCCGCGAGAUGAUCGAGCAGAAGCUCCGGCCAGACGCCAUGACUUUCUCGUCGAUCCUCAGUGCCUGUAGCCACGCCGGUCUCGUCGAGCAGGGGGAGUACUACUUCGAGGCCAUGAGCCGCGUGUACCAAGUCGCCCCCGACAUGGAUCACUACCACUGCUUGAUCGAUCUUCUCGGGAGGGCCAACCGGAUCGACGAGGCGCUCGAGCUCGCGAGAAAGAUGCCUUUCCAGCCGAAUUCCCUGACCUGGACGACGCUGCUGAGCGCCGCAACCAAGUGGAAGAACGAGAGCGUGGGGAAGGUAGCGUUUGACGCACUGGCCAGCUUUGGUGGCGAAUCCUCCGCGACGUACUCUUUGCUGGCAAAUAUUUUCACGUUUAACAAGAAGUAG